AUGACGCUUGGGGUCUCCGUGGCACCCGUGUUCUCGUUGGCGUCUCUGGUGUUCGUGGUGCACGUGCUGGUGUUGGCGUCCUUGGUAUCGUUGACUCUAGCUCCAUUAGUUGGCGUCCGCGUUCUCGUUGGCGUUAGGUCCGUGUUGGCGCCCGGGCUCCCUUUCGGGCCAGAGAUGGAAAUUUUGGCGUCCGUGUUGUCGCCGUGCAGUGGUUGGCGUUGGGUCCGUGUUGGCGCUCUCUUUGGGGCCCGUGUAUUCGGUGACGCCCGUGAUGUCGUUGUUCGCGUUGACGCUGGUUUGGGUGCCGCCCGUGUUUUCGGUUGCGUCCGUGUUCAGAUUGGCAUCCGUUGUGUUGGUGGCGCCCUCGAGUUUGCCGUGGCUCAUAUGGCGUCGUUGGCGCGUGUGAUCUAUGCGGCGCUGGACUAUCUCGUUGGUGUGGGAGUUUGCUGCUGCGCCCGUCUUCUCGGUGGCACCCAUACUCUUGUUGGCAUCCAUUUCCUCUGCGGCACUUUUGCUCUCUCGUUGGCGUCCGUCUUCUCGCUAGCGCCCGUGCUCUCGGCGUCGACGCCGGUGUUCUUGUUGACGUCCAUGGUCUCGGUGGCGCUUGUGGUAUCGGUUGCGUUGUUGUUAUUUGCUGGAGUCCCUGUUCUCUACAGCGCUCGUAUGCUCUGGAUGGUGUCCAUCGUCUCGCUCGCACCCGUGCUGUUGUUGGUGCCUGUGUUCGUUGGCACAUGA